AUGCCAACAGAAGGAGUCUGGAUCUCGCCCACCGGCCGCAAAGUAUUCAUCCCCCUCGAAAACAACCCUGAUGUAUUCACCAACCUAGUCCACGACCUUGGCGUCUCUCCCGACCUAGGUUUCUACGACGUCUACAGCCUCGACGAACCAUCCCUCUUGUCCCACAUCCCGCGUCCAGUCUACGCCCUCAUAUUCAUAGCCCCCAGUGAUAUGCAAACCGCUGUGCGCCAGGAAGACAAACUACCCAAAUCAGUAAUGGACGGAGGCCUGACCUACGAUAAGAGCGGCCCCGACGAGCCCGUGAACUGGUGGUUCCAGACGAUUGGAAACGCCUGUGGACUGUAUGCGUUGGUUCACUCAGUGGCGAAUGGAGAAGCGAGACAGUUCGUAGGAAAGGGCUCCGUACUGGACAAGGUGAUUGAGAGAGGGAUCCCCCUAGAGCCCGAGGAGCGUGCCAAGAGCUUUUAUGAUGAUCAGGAGCUGGAGGAGGCUCAUAUGCGGGCGGCAAUACAGGGCAGUUCGAAGGCUCCGCCGGCGGAGGAUCAUCCCGGACAUCACUUUAUUGCGUUUGUGAAGGGCAAGGAUGGGCAUUUGUGGGAGUUGGAGGGGUCGUCGGAUGGUCCUAUUGAUCGGGGGGAGUUGGCGGAUGGGGAUGACAUGUUGAGUGAGAAGGCUUUGGAGCAAGGGGUGAAGAGGUUUUUGAAGUUUGGUGAGGGCAAUCUUAACUUUAGCAUAGUUGCUCUGGCGAAGAAGGACUAA